CACGACUGUGUCAACUGUAUUGAAGAAAGGUCGAGUAUCUAAUUUUACCUCUUGACAAUGGCCACGAGACUUUUCAUCAUCGCUGCUGUUGUGGUUGCCAUGGCUAUUGCUAUGGUGAAUGCCUGCACAUCUUCGUCGGGACGAACCCCUGCAUGGGACGUGGGCGACAAUACUGAGGUGUAUCCGACAUUCGACCCUGCCACCAAAUCAGUAGGCGUCGGUGUUACUGUCAGGUUCAAGAGAGGCGCCGCUGCCAUGCCCCGUAACGCCGUCCCAGACCCAGAUCAGGUGUUCAAUAAAUUGAAUAUGAACAAGAACUCUUUCAUUGAAGUUCAAGAAUGGAAACGUCAGAAGGGAAGCAUCUUGAAUUUCGCUGAGAUGUUGAAAGCUAUCGACAUUGACGGGGAUGAACAGAUCUCAUUAGAAGAGUUCAAGGAGCUGGGAUUGUACUACAAGACUAUACAAGGGCAAUAGUUUGAUCCGGAGAAGUGGACGUUGGUCUAUCACAUGUACUCAAGAGAUUACCGUGUACUUACCGGCCGUAGCACUGCUUUAGUUUAAUUAUAUCAACACUGCAACCUGUCAUUGCCGUGACAGCGUAUCAUCUCGAGUUAUAUGGUUUCAUACUAUUUCGUGAAAGCACAAUUCAUUGUGAUCUACUUUUUAAAGAUUUAGCUUUGAAGUGGGUUUACAAUUAUAACAAUUCUAAACCUCUCAAUCGCCAUGAGGCGAAAUGACGUGCAGUAACCGACUUAUAUCAGGCAAUUCUGGCCAGAUAAGCGUGUAAAAUAAUGUUGUUAUAAUUAGCAUGAAUACUGUAAAACCAUUUAUUUUUACUGACAUUUAAUUCCACUAUUUGGAUGUUUUGAUCACAUUCCCUGUGUUUUAAUUUCACGAAUUUGUCAAGGAAACAAUGGGUUUUAUUAUUAUUUUACAUGUUCGAGGAGAUUCAAUUUAGCGGAUCUUACUUAUCAGCGAAAAUAGUAAAAUUUAAACAGUGAAGAAUUAAUGCAUUAACAAUACAUUACUCGCAUUGUAAUUUGCUCAUGAAUAAUUCAACAGUUAUCGCUCCACGUUGAAUACAUUAUUGUAAGAAGAUAAUUUGCAUUGAUCAUCCAAACAAGUUCAAAAUAACUAUGCGAUGUUUACCAUGUUCAAAUGAAUACAGCUGCAUCUGUUUACAAUCUAAAUAAAGACAAAGAUACAU